AAAUGGAUCUUUUUUCCUUGGGCGAGGCAAUUGCCCGAAUGCCCGCUGCUCUUAACAUCGAUUUUUCUCGCGGAAGAUUUCCAGUUCAUCUCUUAUUUUCAAUUCCGGAGUCCACGAUCAUAUAUCGUGUUACUCUCUCGCUGUUCUUGUAAUUGUUUUUCGACUUGAACCGAAAAAUUAUGGAAAUUCCAAGAGAUCAACGUUCAGAACCUCUGCUCCCGAUCCCGGUUUUGACGAGUUCUAACUCAACCCUAGACCAUGGGAAUUCUACACCGAGUUUCUACAGUUGGCUAUUUGAGUGCCAUGGAUUUUGGUACAAAGUGUUCCUGAUUGUGCCGAGUCUGCUUUUCGUUCUAUACUUGGCAUUUCGGGCAAGAAAGAGUUUGUCCAAGCUCUCCAAUGGUCGCUCUUAUAUUAUAGUUGCUUAUUACGGGACUCUUUGGAUCGUCACGUUGCUCAACUUUUCUUGGUGCUUUUUUCAGGCAUGGGAGUGUACUUCUGGGAAAGAAUUAGCAUGGAAUAUCUUGUCCUUGUCCACUACAUCUGGAAUGCUUUUCUUGGAAGUCAGUUUGUUGGCCUUUUUAUUUCAAGGAAAUCAUGUGGGCAGUGUUGAAGCACUGGCACGAACUUUCAUCGUUUCAGGACUUUUUGUUGGCCUGGACUUGACUCUGAAGGGAAUUUAUUUGUUUGGGUUUGGAGUUCCAUUAUUCAUUUUAAGCGACAACAGUACACAUCGAACGAAGUGGAACUUGUGGGUGAUCCACCGUCUGUUGAUUACUGCAGCUUAUGGCUUUAUAUUGUUCAUGUACCAUUCAAGCCAUAGAGAGAAAUUACCAGCAAGACCUGCUUUCUACAGAUACGUAGUUAUCAUGUCCUCUCUGAACGUAUUAGCACUGUUCGCUUGUGGGCUCGCUGGAAGUGGAGCUGGCUUUGGUUAUUGGCUUUACGGUGCCACUAUCGUCUGUUAUCAUGCCUUCUAUCUUCCUCUUCUAUAUGAAAAUUUCCUUGCCGACUUCUUCCAGGAGGACGAUUUGCAUUUAGAGAAUGUAUACUAUUCGGAGAUGAAGGAUGCUGGUUUCUUUGACAGUGACUGGGAAUGAGGAUGGAGAUUCCAAACGACAAGACGAGAUGUUUGUUGCUCGUGUAAAUUUGAUAAAAUAUAUAUUAACAUACCGCAAGAUGCAGGUAAAAAUUUGGAGUUAGAUCAUGUGUAGUCAGUCUAACCUUCAAUGUUCUAUUAAAGCUUGCAUCUUUCAAAAGGGGUUUUUAUGUGUUUACCUGAGGAGUCUUAUGUGGUAAAUUUGUAAAUAAAUUCAUGUUGGUAGGAAGAUCAAACAAAUUGAAUUGGAAUUUGAAGUUAGGUUAAAUUACCAAUUUGGUUCCUAUGAGCUCUGUGCUCAAAGUUGGUCCUA